AUGGCUAAAUCGAAUUUAAGUGAUUAUUAUGGUUCAUUUACUGAUAAUGAUUCAGGUAUUGGUGUUAAUUCUAAUUAUUCCUCAUCAACACUAAAUGAAUCAUUGUCUUCAUAUAUUUCACAAUCGACAAAAUCACCUCCAUUUCUUCCUUCUACGACAACAACAAUGAUUAAAAACAGUUCCGAUGAUGUGCCAUUCAUUAGAUUUGCAUCAGAUGGUAUUGUUGAACGUAUUCGUCCAGCAACAAUGAAAAAUAGUGAGAAUGGAGAUUUUAUUGUUUGUCGAACAGAUCGUGGAACAUAUAUUGCUCAUCGAACAACAAUUGUGCCUGAAUGGGUUACACGUCUUGUAGAAGAAAUCGAAUUUCAACAACGAUAA